GGAAGGCGUGUAGUUGCUCGAUGCAACCGCUGGGUUUGUGUAACUUGACACCUGGCCGUGCGGUGCGAUUUGCCAUCGCUUUACCCACAGAAAGCCUAUUUAAAAAGGAAAGGGAUGAGUCCAAACGCUCCUGACUCCAAAAAGAAACCCAGCUUUCUCUCCGGCUGCGCGUCCCCUUCAAUCUCAAUCUGGAUUCGGCAUAAAUGAAUGAAACACAGGGGAAUAUCGACAGACAAUCUAAGCACAGGAAAAACUCUCUGUCAAACCGGCACUGCCAGGAGGAAUUUAUGUCGAUGCUUGACAGGCAAAUCAACAUGAGUUUUUCCCUCUGGAACUUCAUCUAAAAAGCUUGUCAAAUGCGUAAAACUGCCCCCCUUGCAAAGGAGUCACGCUGUGAUUAACGGGUCAGGUUUUUGACUGCCAGGACAAAUGAAUACAAAUGAAUUUAGGCACCCGAAGGAGAGAUUGCAGAACCUCUCACCUAGACACAAAGAGAGCCCUAUUGCUCUGUACCGUAUUAUAUUGUACUUGUUACCUGGGACUUACACAAGUACACUCUGAAGAUGUGGACAUCCUCCAAAAGUUGGGGCUCAAGGGAGAGAAAGCGUCGCGCUCGGUGCCAGCGGGGGUCAUUCCAUUCAGAUCGGGGAUCAUCCUCAACCAGCGGGCGCACAUUGAAACCCCACUGCGCUCAGUCAUCCCGGCGGCCAUCUGGCCCAACCUGGCACUGGUCCUGAGUGUGCGCUCACACCGUGUCAACAGUGCUUUCCUCUUCACCCUGCUCUCAGGCCGCAAGAAGCUCCUUCUCGGUCUGCAGCUUGCACCGGGCAACCUGGUCCUCCACACGGGACCGAACACCUCGGUGGUACUGCCCUACGAGCCCCAUGAUGGUCAGUGGCACCAGCUGGCGGUGGGAAUUAAUGGACAGAGAGUGACUCUAUAUGCCUCCUGCGGAGAGCAGAGUGUUCAUGCAGACUUUGGGUGGGACGGUGAGGAGGGACUGGCUCCGGAGCUCCAGGGCUCCUUCCUGCUGGGGCGGUCAAGCCAGCAGCAAGCCUCGGCACACUUUGAAGGAGCCAUCUGCCAGUUUGACCUGGUCCCUUCUGCACAGGCAGCUCACAACUACUGCAGUUACAUUAAGAAACAGUGCAGGGAAGCUGACACAUACAGGCCUAACCUUCCUCCCUUGUUGCCUAUCCUACCACGAGAAACAAACUCCACAGCUACCGCCGCCACCCCAAAACGUGGUGGCCCGGAAACGCCCAGGAGGACCACAGGGAGCCUUGCCAAGAGUGUCGCCGCUGCUGCCUCGGCUGUCAGAUAUGUGGCCCCCAGCCAAACAAUAAAGCCCAGCCCUGGGCCCGUUCCUACAUCCCCUCUGGUAACUGUGAUGCCAGUCACAGUCCAGCUUGGUUUGGCCUCCCCGCCUCCCAGGGCCGGGACUAAAACUGUCACCGCACCACUCAGGACAAGAGUACCCCCGACAAAACCACCAAACCCAAGACCCACCACCUCUAAACCGUCAAAUCAGAAACCCUCCAAACCCACUCCCCCAAAGCCCACUCCUCAAAACACCACCAAAAAGGCAGACAGCAAGAAGAGAGCUACUAUUCCAGCCACUACCAGCACCAAACCCUCCAAGACAAAGCCUGACUCCGCCAUAUUAGAACAAGGCGCAGUCCCAAAGAAACCACAACCCACCACAGCCAAGAAAACACCUCCCAAGCCUAAAGUUACGCCAUCCAAAGCCACUCCGUCCAAACCCAAAACAAAUUCUGUCAAAGUUGUCCCUUCGAAACCAACGGUGUCCAAAGUCAACCCUUCAAAAUCAACCGUCUCCAAAACUACAACUGCUAAAACCUCCAAGCCAGUCUCCAAACAGGUCAUCAAACCAACAAAGCAAGCCAAAACCACCAAGGCUACAGUCACCCCGCGACCAACCAGACCUUCCACCACCCCAGUAACACCACCUGCUACUGAUGGCUUCCAGAGCUGGGAGGUGCCACCGACUCAGUUCUCCCUGCUGGCUGGACCUAUAGGACAGAAAGGAGAUGCAGGCCCAUCGGGACUGCAAGGACCUCCAGGGAAGCCAGGCCUGGCAGGCAAGAGGGGUCCUCGGGGCGCCCCUGGUCCCCAUGGAAACCCUGGCCGAGCUGGUCCAUCCGGGCUCAAGGGGAGAAAAGGAGACCCUGGCAUCUCACCUGGGCCAGCACCUAAAGGAGAAAAGGGAGACUCAGGGAUUCUUGGCCCGGUUGGACUGACUGGCCAGGAAGGUCGGAAGGGACUGAAAGGUCACCCUGGUCCACAUGGACUCCCUGGAGAGCCUGGAGAGCAUGGUCCAGUCGGAAGCCCAGGUGCCAAAGGUUAUCCUGGCAGGCAGGGUUUACCUGGGCCUAUAGGACCAUUGGGGCCUAAAGGCGUUCGGGGUUUCAUUGGAAUCCCGGGGCUUUUUGGCCUGCCCGGGCCUGAUGGCGAAAGAGGCAUUCCCGGUGAACCAGGGAAGAGGGGCAAGAUGGGUAGGCCGGGGUUUCCGGGGGACUUUGGGGAGAGAGGACCACCUGGACCAGAUGGAGAGCCAGGUGAGCUGGGAGCCCCCGGUCCAAACGGAGUUCUUGGACUUAUUGGUGAUAUGGGACCUUUGGGAGAGAUGGGCCUUCCAGGACCUAAUGGACUGAAGGGGGUGCCCGGAAAUCCAGGAGAACCAGGACUGAAAGGUGAUAAGGGUGACGUCGGGAUUCCCGGAGAGCAAGGGGAGAUCGGGUACAGUGGAGACAAGGGCAUCCAGGGGGCUCCAGGGUUACCAGGCAUCCGUGGGAAACCAGGACCACAGGGCAAGCUAGGAGAGAGAGGCCCUGAUGGUGCAUCUGGACCGGCAGGCCCUGAGGGUUUCCCGGGUGACAUGGGACCUCCGGGAGACAACGGCCUGGAAGGACCAAAGGGAAAGCUAGGAGCCAGAGGUUUACCGGGGCCACGAGGGGUGCCUGGCUUGGAGGGAGACGAGGGCCCGAUUGGACCACCGGGCACAACAGGACUGGAGGGUAGAAUGGGCAGAAAAGGAUUUCCUGGGAAGGUUGGGCCAGAGGGAGUUAAGGGAGAGACCGGCAUCACAGGAAUAGUUGGAACCAUGGGAGAAAGAGGUUUGGUGGGUUUCAUCGGACCUGUGGGAGAGGCGGGACUGGCAGGAGAGAAGGGGGAUCGAGGAGAGAUGGGUCAUCCCGGACCAGAUGGAGAAAAGGGAACAACGGGUCACCCAGGGACACCAGGUGUGACCGGGCCUACAGGACCACCAGGAAGACCAGGCUCUCCUGGAGCGGCAGGCCCAGCCGGUACCAGAGGACCCAAAGGCUUACGGGGAGCGAUCGGGCCUGACGGUCCAACAGGAGAGAUGGGGUUAGAGGGCAAGGCGGGUACUGACGGUCCUCCAGGAAAAUUAGGUUUCCCCGGACCACAGGGGAAGAUCGGAGAGUCAGGGGACGUUGGGCCUAAAGGUUUUCCUGGUAUCCAAGGGCCCUCAGGACCUCCAGGGGACAAGGGAAUAGCAGGCGAGCCGGGACCAUCUGGGCCACCAGGGACUGUGGGACUCUUGGGAGAAAUUGGUCAAAAGGGUCCUCCAGGCAAGGCGGGGGAAUCAGGACUGUCAGGCGAGCCAGGGGAGAAGGGAGCCAUUGGACCUGCUGGGAACAUCGGAGAGCAGGGACUAAUGGGACAGCGGGGAGAGCCAGGCCUAGAGGGAGAAGCUGGUCAAGCUGGUCCCGAUGGAGUCAAGGGUGAAAAAGGCGACAUGGGUCAGGAGGGCGACAACGGAGAAAAAGGUGAAAUUGGGCUAAAGGGAAAGGAGGGCCCACCUGGAAAUCCUGGACUCAACGGCGUCAGAGGUCCAGAAGGGAAACCUGGCAAAAUUGGGGAAAGAGGCAAACUCGGGUCAAAGGGUGCCAAAGGUCCUCUAGGUCACCUUGGGGAGACCGGGACAGUGGGGAAGAUUGGACCACCAGGUUUUGUUGGGCAGAAGGGGUCCAGAGGAACCAUUGGACAUGUGGGAGCUCCUGGUCGAAUGGGUCAACAGGGGGAACCUGGUAUUGCAGGUUAUGAGGGUCAUCAGGGAUCACAGGGCCCCAUGGGGUCUCCAGGAACCAAAGGUGAAAAGGGCGAGCAGGGGGAUGAUGGGAAAGUAGAGGGUCCUCCUGGUGCUCCAGGUGACAUAGGUACUCCCGGUGACAGAGGAGAGAGAGGGGAAUCAGGAGAUCCGGGGUAUAUAGGACAAGUUGGUGUGGAUGGCGAGAGAGGCAGAUCUGGAGCUAAUGGACUACCUGGACAGCCUGGACCUCGCGGCCAACAAGGACCCAAAGGGGCCAAAGGAGAUCAAGGUCAGAAAGGCAAAAAGGGUCAGUCAGGACAAAAAGGAACCAGAGGAACGGAGGGUGGGGAUGGUCCUUCCGGUCCCAGAGGUGUGGUGGGCCGAGAGGGACUGGAGGGUGUGCCCGGGAUGGAUGGAGUCCUAGGAAAGGAUGGCAGUAACGGCAUGCCGGGGGAGCAUGGUGGUGAUGGGGAGGCUGGUCUUCCUGGCAAAGCUGGCUCACGUGGUAAAACUGGCGUUCCAGGACUCCCAGGAGAUCAGGGGACCAUUGGACCAAAGGGUGAGCAGGGUCUUCGAGGUCAGAGUGGACCUCUUGGGAAAAGAGGCUUCAGAGGUGGAAUGGGACUGCCAGGGCUACAGGGAGACCAAGGACCUAAAGGACAAUUUGGUGAUCAUGGGGAACAAGGUUUUCCAGGAAUUCUGGGAGUUUUUGGACCAAGGGGGCCUCCAGGAGACUUUGGGCCAAAGGGCAUACGGGGACCAAAGGGGCCGCAGGGCGCCAUGGGCAGAGGAGGAGUUGUUGGCCAGAUGGGAAUCAUUGGUCCUAAUGGAAGCACAGGUCCCAGAGGAGAGAAGGGCAAUCGUGGAGAAAAUGGAUUGCAAGGCCCAAGGGGGUCUCCUGGACCUCGUGGACCCCCUGGACUUCCAGGUCGCCCGAGUAUCCCUCUAUCAUUUGAGGAAGAUGGUCUUUUGCUUAUGGAUUCACACACCCCACUCAGGACUGAGAAUAAGCCAGUGAUGGACCUGCCGAUGCUGGACCAGGGCGCAGAGAUCUUUAAGACCCUCCACUACCUCAGUAACCUGAUCCAGAGCCUGAAGAACCCACUGGGCACUCGGGACAAUCCCGCCCGCAUCUGCAGGGACCUGCACAGCUGUGAACAGAAGUUAAACGAUGGCACUUAUUGGAUGGACCCCAACCUGGGCUGCUCGUCAGAUACAAUAGAAGUCUCCUGCAACUUUACUGGAGAGGGACAGACUUGCCUUAAACCAAUAACGGUCUCCAAGCCAUCCAUGAGUGUUGGUCGUGUCCAGAUGAACUUCUUGCACCUGCUGAGCUCGGAGGCAGAGCAGCAUGUCAUCAUCCACUGCCUGAACAUCUCGGUUUGGAGGUCGGCUGAGGAUCAGCCGGCCGCACGGGGCUCAGUGAGAUUCAAGGCCUGGAGCGGGGAGGUGUUCGAGGUGGGAGGAGAGCUCGAACCAGAAGUCGUAGAAGACUCCUGCUGGAUAAAAGACGGCCGCUGGCACCAAACCCAUUUUGUGUUCCACUCCCUGGAUCCCUCCCUGCUCCCUGUGGUCGACAUCUACAACCUCCCCAAGACUACAUCUGGCUCACAUUACCACCUAGAAGUAGGUCCUGUAUGCUUCCUGUGAGGGCUGCCAUGUUAAGUCUUCUGGGUAUGGAGGGUUGGAUCAUCACCCUUCUAGGUGACACCCUCGUGCGGGCGUGGAGAUCGGAGCAGUCUCCUCCAAUCCACGGCAAAAAUAAUCCAAGCGAGCCUCCCUCCAAACAGAUCCUGCUUCACUCUUCCAAACUCCCAUUGGACUGCAGACACAGACGGAGGAAGCACGGGGGGGAGCUGGGGGUGACGAAGAAGAGCUGAGGAGGAGCAGGGGAGUUCUUGCACUAAUAGCUUCUUCAAGCUCUUCAAGAAGGAUCUCCACAUGUGCACCCGCUUGGAGGGGGAAAAAAAGGCUCUAUGCCACACAAUCUCUCGAGAACAUUGCUAAGUGAAGGGAGACCAAGGCCAAGUUAAUCAGCGGACAUUAUAGUAACUUAUUUUUUUAACUGUAUACAGUCUGUAUACUGUGUGUACUUUUAUUUUGGAAAUACCAGGAAUUCAAUUCUGUUAGGAGAGAAGUAAUUGGGAUCAGUUAAAUGUACAUAUAUGUAUGCUUAUUAUUAUUAACUUUUAUACAUGUAUAUCUUAUGUAAAGAAAUAAUCUUCAAGUGCAAUAGAAAAUGAGAAGAUGAUUUGAUAUUUUAAACUUUAUAUGGAAGGAUUUUUCAGGGGUGCCAUUUUUAUUUUGCCUUCGGUGCUCAUCUCCUUGUGAUCUUGCCCACGUGUGAAUGAAUCCAGAGGCAGGCUCAGAGCAGAAAUCACAUCUGUAUUCACUAGUGCUACGAAUGGGAGAUCAUGGCUUUCAGUUUUAUCCUUAUAAUGUGGGAAAAAAACAGUGUCAACCCUCCGUAAUAACGUCUGAAGCCACACACCGAUGCACGCAAGCCGUCCACAUGGAGAGUCAGUGCAUUAUUGCUUUUCUUAUUACUCAUACAUUAUUGAACCGGAUGCCACUGAUGAUUAGGGAGAAUAUCUGCGGUUGUGGAGAUUAGAGGUAAGAAGAAAAAAAAGAGUAUGGAGCUCUAGUUCUCAAUAGUGUUGUAUUAAUUUCUCUACAACUGUGGAGUAUCAGUUCCUUGCUUCCUUAUAAGAGAUAGGAGGGUAAUAGUUCUUAUUUACGCUGCACCACAUGGGACCAGGAGUCUCUUCUUCUACCCCACUUAACAGUAGACAGACUACAGGUACAGGCAAUUCGUAGAGGAGACCCGAGCCAGAGGAGAGAGGGCAUCUUCUACCCCAUCGUCUCUCUGACGCAUGGUGCUAAGUGAACUAUCUAAGGUGCUAACCAUAGUGCUGUAAUUACACCACUUUGCUGAAAUAUUCUGAUGUUCAUAGUGCAUGCUUGCUUAGAUGAAUAAAGUCAAUAUAAUAUAUUGCCAUAGCUUCCAUAAUGCACUAUAUUGGUAAUAUCCCAUCCCAAACUACAUAGUUCCCUGUUUUUGUUCAAUGCUGCAAUUUAUGCUUAUUCUGAUUGAAAAUAUUUUAGAGAUAACUAUAAAAGCAGAUUACUCCUUUUGUAUCCAGUAUAAAUCGCAGGGUUUGAAGUAUUUUUUAAGAAUAAAAUUUUCUUUUGCUCUGUACAAAGCCCCCCCCACAGCUGUAUGUAAUAUUUUUUUUUUAGAAACACAACUAGUGGAGAUAGUUUUAAAUAAAUAAAAGUUUCUUUGUUGUAGCUGGACACAAGUGUGUAUAAUUGUGCAAACCUUGCUGUAUACAGUGGAUCCCCUCUUGCUAAUUUAAUGUUAUUUAAUGUUGUUAACGUGGUUGCUGACUGAGCAAGUUCUGUUGGUUGAAGCAAUACUACUCUUUCUGACAACUUUAUAUAUCAGUUUGCCCAACUGGUCUUGGAGUUUAUAGAUUUUUUAUGUGUAAAUUUGGGGCUCCAGAGAACAAAUUUAUUGCAAUGUUAAUUAUCUUUUAUUUUUUUAAUUUUUGUUAUUUUUUGCUUUAUGUUGUUUUUUCCUCUAUGAUAAUCAACCAUGUACUGUACCAGGACUCUACUAUAACUUGUGUUUUAAAGAAUUAUGCAAAUAUGUGAAAAUUGUUUCUUCUUUUUGUAAAUCUGUUGUAGACAUUAAAACGAGCUAAGAAUACCUCACAUUUUUACACAAAGAUUUUCUGUUUGCCUUUAUAAUUAAAGCCUGUUUGGAAAAUAUCAGCCAAAUACAGUUAAGUCAUCAAACUCUGAACAAGACCAUUUCUGGUGCCAGCAUCCUUUAUCUGUCUACUGUUUAUUCAUUGUUCAAUGACCAUUUGUUCAAUAAAUACUUUCAAUUUGUG